UUUUUUUUUUUUCUUUUUGGACUAUUUUAUUGGCAUACCUUGGUUUAAUAACUCGGUAUAGAAUAUGAGCGGUCUCACAGCUUUCUUGCAAACAGAGCUUUUGACUCUAUCGAGUGAGGCCAGAAGAAAGCAUCCUGAAAUAAAAGAGGCAGCAGAACGCCUUAGUGUCAUUUUGAGAAGUUUUAAAGAAAGACCUGGAUAUAGUAUUGCCAAUGAACUCGCAAAGACAGAAGACGCUUUACGCCCCUUUGUACUCGCCUGUGAAACAAAGCAGCUAAAGCUGGUCACGAUAGCCAUUGGUUGUAUACAAAAAUUGAUUUCGUUUCACGCGAUACCAGAAACAUCUGUUCGGGCCAUUUUGCGAACAUUGACUGAUAUCAGUGUUCAUGGCAUGGACAUUCAACUCAAGAUUCUGCAGACAGUAUUGCCUUUACUCAGUAAUUAUCGAAGUGUACAUGACGACAUUUUAGCAGAGGCACUCUUGAUCUGUUUUCGGCUACAGGAUUCUAAAAUUGCUGUUGUGAACAACACAGCAGCAGCCACAUUACGACAACUUGUGAUUUUUGUGUUUGAUAAGGUGGCAAAAGAAGACACACUUAACCUGCCUGAAUCAGACACAAUUCAUGAAAUUGAAAUCAGCACAGGGGAAAAGAUCAAAUUACAUCCAUGCGCAAAGGACGCUUAUUAUCUAUUCCAAGAUCUUUGCGUGCUGACAAAUGGUGACCAUCCCGAAUAUCUUCGCUUAAAUCAUCUCUCAAAGACAUUUGGACUAGAAUUGAUUGAGAGUAUCUUGACAAAUCACUAUAGAUUAUUCAGAGAGCAUAAAGAGCUCAGUGCUAUUCUUAAAGAGCGCGUAUGUCCUAUGUUUAUCAAGAACUUUUCAGAAAAGAGUGAAUUUCCUCAAACAAUGCGUUUGACUCGUGUUGUUUAUAUUCUUAUCAAGCAGUUUAGCGAGUUACUUGUAAUGGAGUGUGAAAUCUUUUUAUCUAUGUUUGUCAAGAUAUUAGAGCCUGAAAAUCCAAUUUGGCACCGUGUGUUGGCUAUGGAAAUUUUCAAAGGUGUUUGUAGUGAUGCUGCUUUAACAAGUUCAAUUUAUAAAUGGUAUGAUGGACAGAGCAGUUCAACCAAUGUAUUUCGUGAUAUGAUUACAGCAUUUGGAAGACUAGCAACAGAAAAACCUCAAUCGAUUGGUGCAAAUCAAGCCGGAAGAGAUAGUUUAGAUUAUGGAUCCACAGGCACAGGCAGUCAUUCUUCUCAUGUCAAUCAAAGCGCCUCUUUAGGUUCAGAUGGUUUAAAUACAGCUACUUGUACAAUGCGAAUUCAAUGCAUUGAUCAAUUAGACAAAUCAGACCCUCCAGCUAUCCCUGAUACUUAUAUAUACUAUCUUUCUUUGAUCUGUCUUAACUCAAUCGCAGACGGUUUGGCUAGUUAUGCCCUACCUCAGUUCUCGCCAGAUUCUACUGCAUCACCCAAAGACAACAAGAACGACCUUACACUGGUGACUGAAAUGGCCAAUGUAGCCUGGCCUGGUCUUUUAGCAGCCAUGUCAUUUUACUUGACCGCAAAUCUUGACGAAGAACUCUUCCAGAGUACAAUGCGGUCUUAUCAAAACUUCACUAAUGUGUGUGGUGUUCUUGAUCUUGUUACUCCCCGAGAUGCAUUUUUGACAAACUUGUGCAAGAAUUCGAUUCCUAAUAUUCCUCUCUUUUCUUCAGGGUUUUCAACGGCCGGCAAAAACAGUUCAACGAGCAUUGUCACGCUAUCCUCUUCUGCCAGUGCUUUUUCAUUCACAGAUCUCCCCAUACAACAACAACAAACCUUGGCUAGUAUCACACUUAACGAAAAGAAUCUCUACAGUUUACGAGUCUUGUUGAACAUCACCAUGUUUUUAAGCAGUAUGUUGGGCACAUCAUGGUACCUUGUGUUGGAGACAUUGCAAUUGGCUGAUUUCUUGUUGUUCAAUCGACCUGUGCCUAAGGGAUUGUCGAAUUCAGGUGUGGCUAGUUCAACAAACAGUCUGAGACGCACCAUGACUGGUUCAUCUGCCAAUUCCAGCAACAUGAGCCCAGCCAUGACAUCCCCACAACCCAGUAGUCAAGUCAUGGAUGCAGACCAUUUACCUAUUAUCAGCGCAUCCUUUCAACGGUUAUUUGAAAAUAGCAAAUAUCUUGACGAUGCUUCAUUCAUGGCCUUUGCUUCUGCACUGUGUCGAAUGAGUUCUGAAGUGAGUGGCACACCAUUUUCUGAUGAUCAGUCUUUAUCAGCAAGUAAAUCCUCUAGAAUAAAAAUUUUUAAUGCCAGAUCCUUCGCACUAGACAAAUUAGAGUACAUUGCGAUAUUAGAUAUGGAUAGACUCAUCAACACCGAAAAGGAUUCUUCUUCCAAAAUAUGGGACUUGAUCAUGUCGCACUUGAUUGCUACUGCGAAUUAUCCUUUGACUCCUUCCUCUAUUCGCACACAGUGCUGUGAGACUAUUGCCAACAUCAUCACCACUGCCAUGAAUCAUGUCCUGUCUAAAUACAACCAAGUCAACAAAGGCACACAAAACCGCCUUUUAUUAGCAUUGAGUCAAUGUAUUAACUACACUGCGCCUGCAACUGAAGAGGCACUUGUACAAGAAGCAUUGAACAACAAUCCCAAAGUCUUUUCAGAAGUACAAAAGAUGGGACUAGAGACACUUCAUGGUUUAUUACAAACAGCAGGACAUUCCUUUACGUGUGGAUGGGAGUUUAUUUUUGACAUGUUGCGACAUGUAGCUAUGUGUGCUAUUGGUCCACCACCUGAUGCUAACUUUGUCAGUCAUAGUGACGAUGAAGUGGACACACCUGAUGUUAGAAACGAACGCUCAAGUAUGGAUACCAUAGCAUCUUCGAUUAUGGGCAGCAGUGUCAUGGCAGCAGCAGGCCCCAAAUCAGCGACAGGUCUUAUCAAAAUUGCAUUUGCCAGUCUUCAAUUGAUCUGUACUGAUUUCCUGUCCUUGCUUUCGCCCAACUGUCUUCGUUUAUGUAUUGCUACGUUGGGAUCAUUUGGCAUGCAGAGUGACGACUUGAACAUCAGUCUGACAGCUGUUGGACUGCUGUGGAAUUUGUCUGAUUUCAUUCAGACAAGACGUGUCGACUUGAUCAAGAAACAGGAAGGUGCCUAUGUCGAUGAAAAGAUUGAUAAAGAAUGUAUGAAUAUUGAUCUUUUGCUUGAAGAGCCAGACGAAGAUGGAAAUCCCAGGACAUACAGUAUUCUUUGGAUGCUUUUGUUGCUUCAAUUGUCGCAUACGUGCAUUGAUUGGCGUCCAGAAGUACGUAAUGGUGCCAACCAGACGCUGUUUAGAACAAUCACCAUGAAUGGCCAUGUGCUUGGACCUCAGUUAUGGAAUGCGUGUAUUUGGGAAGUACUGUUUCCUUUGUUGGACUCUAUUAAAAUGUCGUCGAUUCGUGCAUCAAAGAUCUCGCUCAGCAAGGCAUCAUCUCCUAAUACAAGCAGCGAUCGCGAUUCAUCAGGAUUUAUGCUUCAUCACUCAAGGGACACUGCGGACAAGCAAUGGGACGAAACCAAAGUUUUGAUCUUGACAGGCAUUUCGAGUAUCUUCCAAGACUUUUUGGGAGACUUGCAUGACUUGGAACACUUUCAACGUGCAUUUACACUUCUUUUAGCACAUUUGGAAGAUUCUUGCUUGAGAUCGAGUCAAGAAGUAUCAUUUGCGAGCAUCAAGAGCUUUAAGACUAUUGUAACUAUCUCUCCUGAAUUCACAGAACCAUCCAAAAUGAUGAACUUGUGGCAAAGAGCAUGGAAUACUUGGGAAGUGAUAGGAUAUGGCAUCAGUCAGUCGAUGAACAAUAGAGGUUCUUGCGAUAUGUCCGAAAAGAAGCACAAGAACUAUGAUGACGAAGCUGAGCUUCAGUCAUUGACACUCUCUCUUUCGUCUUCCAGUGUGGCGCCCAUCUCUAAAGACUUUACACAAGACACCUUGACAUCUUAUGUGUCUAUGUUUGUAGAUCUACACGGGCUUAUUGCUUCUGUUUUCACUUUAGAAGACGUGGGUUCAUUGUUGAGUAUUCUUCGCAAUCUGCUUGUUUACUCUACAAGUCCACAAUAUCGUCCUGAUGUGGAUCAUCUCUCUCCUUUACAAGAAGCCGUGCUAGAAGUCGUACAGACAUUGGAUAUGAAUACGGACGGUGUACCUCCUCUUGUGCUUGCUGAUUUGGCAGAGUACAUGACACUUGCCUUCCUGAGCCCUCCUGAAGACGGACAAAACAAAAAUCGGGGGUAUAUUCCACCUAGUCAGCGCAAGUUCUCUACAGUGACCUACAUUGCUUUAAACAAAAAGUGCAGCACGUUAGUGGCUGAUCUGUUCAAGGCACACGUCAAAGUCGUAUCACUAUAUACAGAAGGCGUUUUCGAACGUAUCAUUGGCGCAUAUGGACUUCCUAUGAAACUAAAGUAUGAUUGUCCUCCUUCUUAUAAACAUGGUGAUGAUAAAACGCCUCUUUGGAAGCUUGCUACCAUCGGGUUACUCGAGAUCUUGAAAUUAGGACUGGAGACAUUAGAGGAUUUUGGUGAAGAAGUCUCAACCGAACGAUUCUGUGGCGUUUGGCGUACAUUAGUCGAUAUUUUAGAAGGAAGUUUACUCUCGCCCAGCUCACCUCCUGAAAACAUGAAGAUUGAGGAACUCGAUGUGGAUGAACAUUUUGAUAUUUCUGUCCUAAGCGUGAUUCAGAAUGAUAUUGUGGUCCAUAUGGGCUCUCGCGUACCAACAGAUGUGAUUCAGAAAUUGGUUCAUGUUAUCCGAGAAAGCUCUCGACUUUAUUAUGUAGAAGAAGGACUGAAGGAACAUGUAAAUGAAGACGGAGUACCCAUCUUUUUAAACGAUCGAUCAAGCGAUAUUGUUGGCACAACUGGUACCAUUGUACCUGUCAUGAAAGAAUCGUUUGCCUACGCUUCUCUUAUGACACUGUUCAAUUUAUGUUCUGCUGAAAAGACUGACAUACCUGAAGUACGUAAAAGAAUUGCUCGAGUUGCCAUCUCAGUAUUGCUUGAACGAUGUGAGACAAUUCUUCGGAAUUAUACUGCAGACGAGCCCUUAUUGGGGAGAUGCCCGUUUCCAAGAGUGAGGAAGGAGGAAAUACUUUUCCUCUUGAAGCAGUCUAUUCAGUUGAAAUUACAAGAUGAUAUCCUUACACAAGACGAUACAAACAAAUUAAAGCAGAUGCUUUUGUCUGGACCAAGAGCACAUCUUUUCUAUUUGUAUCCAUCUUUGUGUAGCAUGAUUACCUGCAAAGAUGAUGUAGUUGUUGGUCUGAUUAAAGAAUGCUUGCAGAUAAUAGGGACAGAAAUGGGACUUUAUUCAUAGCAUAAUAAAGACGAUCAUUUUUAUUUUGCUUUAGCAUA